CUUCUUUCCAAACUCAUAUUUUCAUCCAAACUUCAACACUUUCACAAUCAAAUCAAAUCUUCCAUCUUUUCAAUAUGGAAAUCACUUCAAUCCCAUUUCUUAACCAAGAAGAGUACUCUUAUUUCUACAGUUUCUUUCAAGACCUUCACACUGAUGAUACUCAAGACAAUAAAAGACGAAAGCUUGAUGAUGACUUCGACCAAGACUUGAACGAAAUUCUCAACAUCAUCAACGAUCAAGACAUACCCAAUUCCAUUUUUCAAAUGCCCACUUCCAAAAUCGAAAUACCCAAUUCGGAUUUUGAAAACAGAGCUUCUCAAAUGGCGGAUUGGGAACAAGGGAGGGUCAGAAAAACAAGAAUUUCAUCUCCGGUGGGUAGUUACGGCGGCGGAGUGGCGGCAGCGGCGGAGGACGGUGGGGGACGGCGGCGGUUGUGGGUGAAGGAGAGGUCGAAAGGGUGGUGGAAGUACCACGACAGCGACGAAUGCCCUGACGACGAGUUUCGAAAAGCGUUUCGAAUGAGUAAAUCGACGUUUAAUAUGAUUUGUAACGAGUUAGACUCGGUGGUUACUAAAAAGGACACCAUGCUUCGUACGGCGAUUCCUGUGCGUCAGCGGGUCGCAGUCUGUAUCUACCGUCUGGCGACAGGGGACCCGCUGAGAAAAGUGUCAACUUUAUUUGGGCUUGGAAUAUCCACGUGUCACAAACUAGUCCUUGAAGUUUGUGCCGCGAUCCACACCGUCCUAAUGCCCAAAUUCCUCAAAUGGCCGGAUCAAAACCGGUUAAAUGAAAUCAAAACCGAAUUUGGAUCCAUCUCGGCCAUCCCGGAUGUCACCGGGUCAAUCUACACGACCCAUGUGUCGAUAAUCGCUCCCAAAACUAAUUCGGAAGCUUACUAUAACAAAAAACACACCAACAGAAACCAAAAGCCGUCGUACUCGACAACAAUUCAAGGCCUAGUCGACCCGAGAGGUGUGUUUACGGAUAUUUGCAUUGGGUAUCCGGGGUCGAUGAGCGACGAACAAAUCUUGGAAAAAUCAGCAUUGUCGCGGAGAUCCAAGAUGGGUUGUUUGCGGGUCGUUGGUAAUUCGGGUUACCAAUUAAAAGAUUGGAUCUUGGUACCCUAUACGCAUAAAAAUCUAACAUGGAGUCAACAUUCAUUGAACCAAAAAAUUGAUGAAGUACAAAAGAUAGGUAAGUAUGCUUUUAUGAGGUUAAAAGGGAGAUGGGGUUGUUUGCAAAAGAGGUCAGAGGUGAAACUACAAGAAUUGCCGACAGUGUUAGGGGCAUGUUGUGUGUUACAUAACAUAUGUGAGAUAUAUGGUGAGGAAAUGGAUGCGGAUUUGAGGUUUGAUUUGUACGAUGAUGACAUGGAGAUGGAGAGUAAGGAUAUAUCAGUAAAUGCACUUAUGGUUAGAGAUAGUAUUGCACAUAAUUUGUUGCAUCAUAGCUAAGGAUUGAAUCUGUAAAAACAUUGUUGUUAAUUUGAUGAAAUUUUAUGUUAUUAUAUGUUUAUAAAAACUUAGUAUGUUAAAUCUUGAAAA